GAAAAAAAGAAAGCGAAAUUAGGAAAAAGGAGAAGUUGAGGUUGAAUAAAUUUUGAGAGUUGUCCAUGGCCGAAGACGGACGAAACGGGGCGGAUCAACCGGGAUCCGACCCGAACCCGUGCCCGAUCUGUCUUGCAACAGUUACUGAAGAGUCCUACUUGGAUCAAUGUUUCCACAAAUUUUGCUACGGUUGCAUUCUGCGUUGGAUAAAGGUGGUUACGAGCAAGCACUCUCAUGCACCUGCUUCAGUAAAGUGUCCUUUAUGUAAGACAGAGAACUUUUCUAUUGUACGGAGCUACAGUGAAGGGGUUUUUCAACAACAUUAUGUUAAUGAAAACUUGGACAAUAGUGCGUUCUUCACAAAAGCUCACAAGUAUAGAUUGCAGUGCUACUAUACUGAUGAAGGGGGCUUAUUUGACAAAUUCAAUGUGCCACGUUUUUGGAAGUUGCACAAGUAUCUGCAGCCUAAUCCUUGGCUUAUAAGUUGGUUGAGAAGAGAAAUCCAGGCUUUGACUCAGAGUCAGGUUGAAGUCACUGGGAUAAUCUCUCAUCUAGAGGAGGAAGAUGUAGAUAUUAUUGUACAUCAUAUACUUGGUGUGAUUGAUUCAUUUAGAAGAAAUGAGCAAAAGCAAAUAAAAGUUACUCAAGCAAAGCAAGAAGAAUUCAAGAUCAUGGUAUCUGAAGCAGCAAGGCCUUUCCUGACAGGUCGUACUGAUAGAUUCGUGAACGAGUUAGAACUGUUUCUAGCUUCAUCUUUGACUAUUGAUGCUUUUGAUAGCGUCUAUAUCCAACAUUUGGGUUGGAAAGUUCCUGAAAUGGUCGGGGAGGGUGAGGUAGGAGAACCAGUUGAACAUACCCCUUUGGUUCCCCAUUUGUACUUCUUUGAUGAGGACUGCGAUGAAAAUGAAUAGAUUUUUUGUCAUUAAA